AAACCAUUUUGGUAAAAUUCUCAUUUUUUAAUUUAAAUUCAAUGUACAGUAAUUGUAUAAUUUAGUAAAAUUGUAAAAUAUAUUUCUCCUAAAACUAUUUUUAAUUACAAGUGUCUCAAAGGGCUUCACAAACCACGAUGACAUCCCCUGAUCUGUACCCACAUCCGGGCAAGGAAAAACUGCAAAAGCCUUUGCUGGGAAAAGAAGAAACCUUGGAAAGGGGCCACAGAUGCGGGGGAAUCUCCCUCCUGGGUGACACUACAAUGGAGGCCGAGCUGGUACAAGAAAGACGGUGAAGCUUCUCGUCUACGAGCUGCUGCAGUUCACCGCCCUGAGCGGCACCGUGCUCGUCGUCACGGAGAGGUUCGCCUGCCUCAUGAGCGAGGUGAAAGGCCGCGACGACAUGACCUACUGGCUGGUGGUGGCCGUCUCCGUCGCCUACCUGACCUCUGCGACCUUGCUGGUGUGGCUCCCCUUCAAGUAUCACAUCUUAAAGAGAAGAAGAGGGACGAAACGAUGGAGGCCAACGUUUUUACUGCACGUCAUCUUGUGCACGUUACCGUGCUUCGCCAUUUUCAUGGCCAGCUCGCAGAGUCUUUGUGACCUUCAGGUACAAGUCAACUGUAACCUGAGACUCGACCACUUUGCCGAGUUGCCCGUCUCCUUGGUUAUGUUCAGCCUCAUCUGUGUGGACCUGGUGGAGAGGAUACGACCCUGCAGGCUGCUGGGACAAGAAGCAGACAGUCUGGACCUGACCUUUGACCUGCCGGGGCCCAUCCUGACCCACCUGGAACCAGUCAGCUGCGUCUCCGGCCAGCCGCCGUCUGAGGAAGUCCAGCCAAACGACGCCCCGGCGAGUCCAGCGGACCCCAAGAACCAGCCGGUUGCCCCCCGCAGGCCGCAGGGCGUGUCCGGGCGCUCCGUGCCCCUCCGCAGCAAAACGUCCGGCGCCGCUUACCUGUACUCCUCCUCGCCAUCACGCCGCUUCGCCGGCCCUCUGGGCUUCCUCCGGAGGAAAGACGUGAGGUCGGAGGUGUUUGUGGAUUGUUUCUUGUUCUGGUUCGAUACCGUGGAGAUGGUGCGGGUGUCGGGCCAGCCGGCGGUCUUCUUCUCCCCCUGGGUGUACCCCGUCUUCAUUCUCGCCUUCCUGUCCACGCUGCGCAUGGCCCUGGUCCCUCGCAGUCCCUGGUUGUCCUCGGCCGGCGUGGCCCUGCAGGACCUGCCCUUCUUUGUCCUGCGCGUCGCCCUCAUGGCCGCUUUCGGACUGGUGACGCCCGUGUUGUACCCGCUGAAGAACGCCCUGGUCGGCCUGGCCUUCUUCUACUUCACCUUCGUCACCAAGAUGAAAAUAUUCAAGAGGCGGAGCAUGUUUUGACCAGGAGGAGGAGGACCUGUGGGACAAACUAAGGGUAAAUAUUACCAGUAUUGGCCAUUUUUUUUUAGUAUUUAUUGACACACUUUAAUAAUGAUGAUGCGGCAUAGCUCGGUUGGUAGAGUGGCCGUGCCAGCGACUUGAGGGUUCCAGGUUCGAUCCCCGCUUCCGCCAUCCUGUCCUUGGGCAAGACACUUGACCCACCUGCUCCCAGUGCCACCCACACUGCUUUAAAUGUAACUUAGAUAUUGGGGUUCACUAUGUAAAAGCGCUUCGAGUCACUAGAGAAAAGUGCUAUAUAAAUAUGAUUCACUUCACUGCACUAAUGAUGAUGUAACUCUUUCAUGUUAAAAUACAGCAGAGGUCCUCAUUUUUUUCCACUUUAAGGGCCAAUAUCAUGAAAAAAUAUAUAUAUUAGGGAUGUCCGAUAAUGGCUUUUUGCCGAUAUUCCGAUAUUGUCCAACUCUUUAAUUACCGAUACCGAUAUCAACCGAUAUAUACAGUCGUGGAAUUAACACAUUAUUAUGUCUAAUUUGGACAACCAGGUAUGGUGAAGAUAAGGUACUUUUAAAAAAAAUUAUAAAAUAAAAUAAGAUAAAUAAAUUAAAAACAUUUUCUUGAAUAAAAAAGAAAGUAAAACAAUAUAAAAACAGUUACAUAGAAACUAGUAAUGAAUGAGAAUGAGUAACAUUAACUGUUAAAGGUUAGUAUUAUUAGUGGAGCAGCAGCACGCACAAUCAUGUGUGCUUACGGACUGUAUCCCUUGCAGACUGUAUUGAUAUAUAUUGAUAUAUAAUGUAGGAAGCAGAAUAUUAAUAACAGAAAGAAACAACCCUUUUGUGUGAAUGAGGAGGGAGUUUUUUUGGGUUGGUGCACUAAUUGUAAGUGUAUCUUGUGUUUUUUAUGUUGAUUGAAUUAAAAAAAAACGAUAUCGAUAAUAAAAAAAACGAUACCGAUAAUUUCCGAUAUUACAUUUUAACGCAUUUAUCGGACAUCCCUAAUAUAUAUUUAAAUAAAAACAAUAAUUAUGGUAUAACUUACUAAUCACAUGACUGGAAUUUGAACCCUGGUCACAACCCCUCGGAACUUUCAGCCCUCAGCAUGUCUCCUCCAUUAAUGUCUGUAGAACUUUUAGUUUCAUUUGGGUAAAGUUGGGUGGGCCACAUAAAAAGCUAUAAAUAUUAGUCUUCAGUAGAAAAUUCAACUCUGUUAGAGGUGGGAAUAUUUGGGCACCUCACGAUUACUAAUCAGGAGCUGCGAUUCCAUUACAAAUGAUUUAUUGAUGCGUCUAUAAUUGAUGUAUAUUGAUGCAUUUCUUGUGGUUUCACUACAUACGUGUUUAAAAAAACUGCAUUUGUAAUAAGAAACAGUUCAAUUAAUUCUCGUGUUUACUCAAUUAAUUAAUGGAAAUUAAACUGGAGCAUGAGUGCCCUAAAAUAAAAAGG